AUGAAUGAGUUCAAGAUGAAUGACAAGUGGGGAAUCUCUUCUUUCAUGCAUAAGGUUAGUAAGGACAAUGUCAUUGAGAUUACACGGGACAAAGCUUAUAGAGCUCGGCAGAUGGCAACUAGAGCAAUUGAAGGGAGCUAUGAAGAGCAGCAUGCUUCUCUUUGGGAUUAUGCAGAGGAGAUUAAGUGGACCAAUAGGGGUUCAACUAUUGAGUUUUUGACAGAAGUUGGUGAGAAUAGUAAGCCACGUUUCAAGAGGAUGUAUAUUUGCUAUGCUGGCUUAAAAGCAGGUUUCAAUGAGGGUUGUAGACCUUUAAUUGGGUUGGAUGGCUACCACAUUAAAGGUGUACAUCCAGGACAACUUUUAACAGCAGUUGGAAUAGAUGGGAAUAACCAAAUGUAUCCUAUUGCAUUUGCUGUUGUUGAGAUAGAAGAUAAGGAUUCAUGGAGCUGGUUUCUGGACCUAUUGAAGGUGGACUUCAAAAUUGAAAACUCAAACCUUUGGAGCUUUAUUACAGACAAGAAAAAAGGUUUAGAGCAAGCCUUGAAGGGUUUGUGGGAUGAGGGUGUACCUGAGGCCAAGCACAGGCAUUGUGCAAGGCAUCUAGAGAAGAAUUUCAACAAAGUUUUCAGGGAUAAAACAUUGAAAGACCUUUUAUGGAAAGCUGCAAGAGAGGUAACUAUUAGGAGAUUCGAAGCUGUGAUGUUGGAGAUCAAAUCAAUUGAUGAGGAAUCAUACAACUGGUUAUUGGCUGUAGGUCCACAUCACUGA